AUGACCGAAGACGAAAGCCUGUCCAAAUCCCCCUCGGGGCCACAGUCGGCUGUGUUCUCCUACUUCCACUUCAAUCCCGCAAUCCAUAGCCACGAGAAGCAGAAGCCAUACGAGAUUCUUAUCAAUCUCCCUUCAGCCGAGACCAACCCAGAUACCUACACGUGCCACAACCAAGAGUUCGAGGACCACAGUACGACAGUACAAGAUGUCCGAGACAGGGAAGGUGACUUCAGUCUUGAUCGCAACGGGAUGUGCUGGAGAACCUGGCACGGUCCUGACGCCUGGCAAGGCAUUGAUGCCCAAGAAGUGGAAGAUAUGGGCCACGACCGCAUACAAGAGGAAUACAUCGCAGCUGCGGAGGCCUUCAUCAGAGAAGAGCUAGAAAGACAAGAUGGCAGAGCUAUUGGGGUCGUCAAAGUGUUCGACUGGCGGCUCCGAAUUAGCAUGAACAUCAAGGAGUUCGUAAGCAGGAUUAUCAACCCAGACAAUGGGCUCAACGCUAUGAUCCCAGUUACGCAUCCUCACGUGGUACACCAAAGCUUUGGUGGGGCUGUAACAAGGGUCCGGGUUCAUAUGGGCGAUUAA